GGGGGCGCCACUCGCUUUGUGGGGGAAGAUGCUCGCCUACUGCGUGCAAGAUGCCACCGUGGUGGACGUGGAGAAGCGGAGGAACCCCUCCAAGCACUAUGUAUACAUCAUCAACGUGACCUGGUCUGACUCUACAUCCCAGACCAUCUACCGGAGGUACAGCAAGUUCUUUGACCUGCAGAUGCAGCUUUUGGAUAAGUUUCCCAUCGAAGGUGGACAGAAGGACCCUAAGCAGAGAAUCAUUCCCUUCCUCCCAGGCAAAAUACUUUUCCGGAGAAGCCACAUCCGGGAUGUAGCUGUGAGGAGGCUGAAGCCCAUCGACGAGUACUGCCGGGCACUUGUCCGGCUGCCUCCCCACAUUUCACAGUGUGAUGAAGUCUUUCAGUUCUUUGAGGCCCGACCAGAGGAUGUCAACCCUCCAAAAGAGGACUAUGGCAGUUCCAAGAGGAAAUCAGUGUGGCUCUCCAGCUGGGCUGAGUCUCCCAAAAAGGACGUGACAGGUGCCGACACCAGCGCCGAGCCCAUGAUCCUGGAACAGUACGUGGUGGUGUCCAACUAUAAGAAGCAGGAGAACUCGGAGCUGAGCCUCCAGGCCGGGGAGGUGGUGGAUGUCAUCGAGAAGAACGAAAGCGGCUGGUGGUUCGUGAGCACCUCUGAGGAACAGGGCUGGGUCCCUGCCACCUACCUAGAGGCCCAGAAUGGUACUCGGGACGAUUCAGACAUCAACACCUCCAAGAGUGGGGAAGUGUCCAAGAGACGCAAGGCCCAUCUGCGGCGCCUGGAUCGCCGGUGGACCCUGGGCGGGAUGGUCAACAGGCAGCACAGCCGAGAGGAGAAGUAUGUCACUGUGCAGCCUUACACCAGCCAGAGCAAGGACGAGAUUGGCUUUGAGAAGGGCGUCACCGUGGAGGUGAUCAGGAAGAAUUUGGAGGGCUGGUGGUACAUCAGAUACCUGGGCAAAGAAGGCUGGGCACCAGCAUCCUACCUGAAGAAAGCUAAGGAUGACCUGCCAGCUCGAAAGAAAAAUCUGGCGGGCCCAGUGGAGAUCAUUGGGAACAUCAUGGAGAUCAGCAACCUGCUGAACAAGAAGGCAUCCGGGGACAAAGAGACUCCACCAGCCGAAGGCGAGGGCCCAGAGGCCCCCAUUGCCAAGAAGGAGAUCAGUCUGCCUAUCCUCUGUAACGCCUCCAACGGCAGCGCCCUGGGGAUCCCUGAAAGGACCGUCUCCAAGCUGGCCCAGGGCUCCCCAGCUGUGGCCAGGAUUGCCCCUCAAAGGGCCCAGAUCAGCUCCCCGAACCUAAGGACAAGACCUCCACCUCGCAGAGAAUCCAGCCUGGGGUUCCAGCUGCCGAAGCCACCAGAGCCCCCUUCUGUUGAGGUGGAGUACUACACCAUUGCCGAAUUCCAGUCGUGCAUUUCUGAUGGGAUCAGCUUUCGGGGUGGACAGAAGGCAGAGGUCAUCGACAAGAACUCGGGCGGCUGGUGGUACGUGCAGAUCGGUGAGAAGGAGGGCUGGGCCCCUGCGUCCUACAUCGAUAAGCGCAAGAAGCCCAACCUGAGCCGCCGGACGAGCACCUUGACCCGGCCCAAGGUACCCCCGCCGGCGCCCCCCAGCAAGCCCAAAGAGACGGAGGAGGGUCCGGCAGGCACUAGCGAGAGCCAGGACUCGCCGCUGAAGCUCAAGUACGAGGAGCCCGAGUAUGACAUCCCGGCCUUCGGCUUUGACUCGGAGCCAGAGCUGAGCGAGGAGCCCGCCGAGGACAGGGGCUCAGGGGACAAGCGAGCGGCGCAGCCCUGCAGGCCCUCGCCCGCGUCCUCGCUGCAGCGCGCCCGCUUCCGGGUGGGCGGGUCCUCAGAGGACGUGGCCCCGGAAGAGGAAACCAUCUACGAGAACGAGGGCUUCCGGCCGGGUGCGGAGGACGCCCUGUCCGCCAGGCGCUCCUCCCGGGACAGCGACUCCCCGGGUGGCUCCCCGCUGGCUCUUGCCAGGAAGAACUCCCCCAAAUCAGGCUCCCCCAAAUCGCCCUCGCUCCUAAAGCUCAAGGCAGAGAAAAACGUCCCGGCAGAACUGGGGAAGACCCACUCCUCGGCCUCCUUUUCGUCAUCCGUCACCCUCAGCACCACCUGCUCCUCCUCCUCCUCCUCCUCCUCCCUGUCCAGGCACAGCGGCGACCUGAAGCCCCGCUCCGCCUCCGACGCGGGCACCCGCGGCACCGCCAGGGCCGGAGCGAAGAAGGACGCCGACCUGAAGGCCGGGCUCACCUCCUGCGCUCGGGCCAAGCCCUCCGUCCGGCCCAAGCCAUUCCUGACCCGAGCGGAGUCCCAGAGUCAGGAGAAGAUGGACAUCAGCACCUUACGGCGCCAGCUGAGGCCCACAGGUCAGCUCCGGGGGGGUCUCAAGGGCUCCAAAAGUGAGGACUCGGAGCUGCCCCCCCAGACGGCCUCCGAGGGUUCCAACGAGGGGUCUAGGAGAGGCUCGGGUGACCUCAUCGCCCUCCCAGCUGCCACGCCCCCAUGUCCCACCAAAAAGGGGCGGGAAGGGCAGGCCACCUCCUACGUGACGUGUAGUGCCUACCAGAAGGUCCAGGACUCGGAGAUCAGCUUCCCCGCGGGCGUGGAGGUGCAGGUGCUCGAGAAGUCGGAAAGCGGCUGGUGGUAUGUGAGGUUUGGGGAGCUGGAGGGCUGGGCCCCUUCCCACUAUUUGGUGCUGGGCGAGAAUGAGACGCCUGACCCCUCUGGCAAAGAGUCGGAUGCAGCGCCCGCCAAGGGCAAGCAGAGAGAGGGCAAGUCAGACAGCCUGGAGAAGAUGGAGAAGCGCGUCCAGGCGCUGAACACUGUCAACCAGAGCAAGAGGGCCACGCCCCCCAUCCCCUCCAAGCCCCCCGGGGGCUUCAGCAAGACUUCCGGUGCUGGGGCGGUUAAGAUGAGGAACGGUGUUCGACAGGUGGCCGUGAGGCCCCAGUCGGUAUUCGUGUCCCCGCCACCCAAGGACAACAACCUGUCCUGCGCCCUUCGGAGGAACGAGUCUCUCACAGCCACCGACGGCCUCCGAGGCGUGCGCCGGAACUCCUCCUUCAGCACCGCCCGCUCGGCUGCUGCGGAGGCCAAGGGCCGCCUGGCCGAGCGGGCCGCCAGCCAGGGCUCGGACACCCCUCUGCUGCCCACCCAGCGCAAUGGUAUCCCCGUGUCCCCUGUGCGCCCCAAGCCCAUCGAGAAGUCCCAGUUCAUCCACAACAACCUCAAAGACGUGUAUGUGUCGAUCGCGGACUACGAGGGCGACGAGGAGACAGCCGGCUUCCAGGAGGGCGUGUCCAUGGAGGUCCUGGAGAGGAACCCCAAUGGCUGGUGGUACUGCCAGAUCCUGGACGGGGUGAAGCCCUUCAAAGGCUGGGUGCCCUCCAACUACCUGGAGAAAAAGAACUAACGGGGGCGUGGGUCCUUCCGGCCUGCGUGUGGAUGAGCGGUGAGAGGGACAGUAGGGAAAGGGGAAAGGGGAGGGGGUGGGGGG